GCAUGGCUUGUGUCGCACGCACUCUUCCCAUUCCUUUCUUGCUUGCAUUAUUCUUCGUGGCUGAGGUAUCCGGGAGCAUGAACGUAGAAUCAUACAAACCGGCUGGUGCAGAAGGAUCUGUUCCUUUAAAAGAAUGCCCAGUGAAAUGCAAGAUCCGUUGCUCAGCUAAGUCACACAAGAAACCAUGCAAUUUCUAUUGUAACUACUGCUGCAAGAGGUGCCUGUGUGUUCCGUCCGACACGAUGGGCAACAAGGAAGAGUGCCCGUGCUACAACAACAUGAAGACCCAGGAUGGCAAGCCUAAGUGCCCCUGAUAUGCUUGUAAGCCGUGUGUGGCCUCCAAAUUUUACAGUCUUGUUGUAUCGAACAAAGUAUUGAUAAUAAAGUUGACUUGUUUAAUACAAGAUCUGUGUUAUUCUUGGAGACAAAAUAGGAGAUAGGUCAAAAUGUCUUCAUGAAUUUAUCAUUCUAUUUGUAGCAAUCUAUGUGUUGUUUGCUUGUCAGCCAUACUUUGCCACACAUCAUAUAGACAAGUCUGGCAAGUUAGGUCACUGUUUGGUUCUAGCCACAGCAUAGUCAAGUUCUCUUUCUU